AUGCUUUUUUCACCAUUUACGCGUUCAUUUAUUAAAACAUUUCGGCCAUUUCUCGCAGUGUUGUCGGAAACUUAUUUUUGUUUUAUCGAGUUUAUUUUCGCAUUUAUAAAUUUUUUUAUUCCAAGAAAAAGUGUUUAUAAACCAAUCGACGGACAUUUAUUAAUUAGCGCUACAAAUGCAGCUGAAAUGAUACGAAAACGACAGAAAUUUCAGAUAUUUCGAGAAUUUUUUCAGCUGACAAGCGUUAAACUAGUGGAAGCAUAUAUAAAACGUAUCGCAGAAAUUAAUGAACUUAUCAAUGCCGUAGUGGAAAAUGAUUUCGAAAAUGCUCGAAUAGCUGCUCGUCAAGUCGAUAAAUUAUUUGAACAUUUACAAGAAGGAAGCGAUGAAUAUAAUAAGUUAAUUUCUUCAAAACCUCUGCUCGGUGUUCCAUUCACAUUAAAAGAUUGUAUUGAAAUUGAUGGAUUGGUUUGCACUGUUGGCAUCAUUUAUCGAAAAGAUGUUAAAGCGAUUAGAGAUGCAGUUGUUGUACAAAGUAGAAUGAAAGAAGCUGGUGCGAUACCGUUAGCAGUGACCAAUGUGCCUGAAGUAUGCUUAUGGUGGGAGUCAGUAAAUUCGAUUUACGGAAGAUCAAAUAACCCCUAUGAUAAUCGUCGAAUUCCUGGUGGUAGCAGCGGUGGUGAAGCUGCUUUAAUAUCUGCAGCUGGAUCUGUGAUUGGUAUUGGAAGCGAUAUUGGUGGUUCUAUUCGGAUGCCAGCAUAUUUCAAUGGCAUCUUUGGUUUAAAGCCUUCUCCAGGCAUUAUUCCGCUCACUGGCCAUUUGCCUCAAGUAGAAGGUUACCGUUCGUUAAUGCUCAGAAUUGGUCCCAUUUGUCGAUAUGCCGAAGAUCUCAACAUUAUGUUACAGAUUAUGGCGGGCGAGGAGGGAAGUAAGAAAAUAAAGUUGAAUUCUGAAGUUUCAUUGAAGAAUAUCCGAGUAUUUUACAUGGAAGGAUUGAAAACAUUAUUCGCAAGAAGUCUCAGCAAUGAUUGUUACGAUGCAUUAAAGAAAGCUAUUCGUUAUUUUGAAACAAAAUAUGAUCUUUAUGCCAUUCGCCUGGAUUUGCCUUUUGCACAUAACGCUAUCGAAUUUUUCGUGACUAGUAUGGAAGUGCCGGAAGCGCCUAAUUUUGCAUGGCAUAUGACUGAUCUAAAGUUUGAAGUUAAUUGUACUGUGGAAUUGUUCAAAUGGUUUUUUGGUUAUUCGCAACAUACUCUUCCUGCAAUCGUAACUGGCUUGGCUGAUAAUCAACAGAUUUUUAGUUCGCAGCAAAAACAAAAAAUAUUUUAUCAACGUGAUCGUCUUGAGAAAGAGUUGUCAGAGCUGCUAAAAGAUAAUGCUAUAUUAAUAUUUCCAUCGUUUCCAACUGUAGCGCCAUUCCAUCAUGAACCACUCUUUACUUCUCUUAACUUCGCGUAUACAGCUUUGUGGAAUACGCUUCCGUUUCCGGUAGUACAGUGUCCAAUGGGGCUAAACAAAGAUGGUAUUCCUGUUGGCAUUCAAGUUGUCGGUGGAAAAAAUGCUGAUCGUUUAUUGAUAGCUGUCGCCGAAGAAAUAGAAAAAGGAUUUGGUGGUUGGAAACCUCCAAGCUAA